UUUCUUUUCAUAUAGUCCAUGUUGUGUAAUUAAGAUAAACAAAAAAAUCUUUAAUAGAAACAUGGUUUUGUUUAUACACUCUUAUCCAAGACACGAUUAUGCCAUUUCUCACCAUUAAUUUUUAAACACGGUAAAGCAGGCUGGUAUAUUUACAGACAUUACAGGUAGAAUAAUAAAGCAUAUUUUUAUCUGAUUUUUAUAUCCAGAAUUCAAUAAAAAUUUCUCCUUGAAUAACAGAAUUCUGCAGGGGCUGCUAUACACUGGACAUGAAGAGGAAGCUUAGCUUUACUGUAGUCUGAGCUGGUGUAACCUAACUAGCUAGAGGAUAUGCAAUUCCUGAUUGACAGCCAGACCAGCAGCAUGCAGAUUUUGCAAGGGAGAACACCCAGCUCAGAAACAGUGAUUAGAGCUCUGUUUGGAAUCACUACGUUCGCCCCUCGUGUAUUCUAGCUUUCGGUCUGCUAGAUUUGUAAACACAUAGCACAAAACAGUUCCUCUUUUGUUUUUAUUAAAGUGAUACUGCAGUGCUGUUUCAGUCCAUCAGCCCGGCAUGCAUGUGUGGAAAUUUGAUAGUCUCACUAAAUUAGCUAAUUUUAAGCUGUGUUUUAUGCUUAUCUCUAGACCUUUGUGCAUUAAAUCCUAUCUCGAGCUGCUCUCUUUACACACAAGUGUGUUUUGCUUGUGCUUUCCUGUCUUCUGUGAGAAGCUUUAUGUAGGUCAGGCUUGGCUUAAGCAGCUUUCCUGAACCUGCGUCAGCUUAAGCUGGAGGAAUUUUAAUAAGCCCUCCCCUGUAGGCGUGGGCCUAAAUGAGGCUAGCCUAGUUAAGCCUGAUCUUUCUGUUUGUGGAAAGAGCUGAGCAGAGCUGAAGGCUGCAUGGUUUCAGAGGCUGCCUACUUCAUUUCAAAAGAACAAUGGUAGGAAAGGCUAGAUCUUCCAAUUUUACCUUGUCUGAAAAGCUUGAUUUGCUAAACCUUGUGAAGCCAUAUGUGAAAAUUCUCGAAGAGCACACUAAUAAAAAUUCAGUAAUAGUGGAAAAGAAUAGAUGUUGGGAUGUCAUAGCAGUUAACUAUAAUGCAAUUGGAGUAGAUCGCCCUCCUCGAACAGCUCAGGGCCUACGCAGCCUUUACAAAAGGCUCAAAGAAUAUGCCAAACAGGAGCUAUUGCAGCAGAAGGAGGCCCAAUCUGACUUUAAAAGCAAUAUUUCCGAGCCAACCAAGAAAGUUAUGGAGAUGAUUCCCCAGAUUUCCAGCUUUUGCCUGAUAAGAGACAGGAGCCACACACAAAGUGCAACCUUGGAUGAGGCUGCCCAAGCUGGAACCGGUCCUCUGCAGGUGACGGUGGAUCACCGUCCUGUUGCUAUUACUGUAGAGGUGAAGCAAGAAGAAGAUGUUAAACUGUCUCCUCCAUUGUUUUCAAAUCCUCAACACAAUGAUACCUUAGAGCAAAGAGAAGAGCAGGAAUUCAUACAUGUUAUGGAAGGAUCCCUGUCUCCAUCACUUUCUUCUGUUGAUAUGAGAAUGACAUCAUCUCCAUCUUCUAUUCCAAGGAGAGAUGGUAUUUUUCAUCAUGACAGUGGAGAACACUUUAGGUCUCUGCUGAGAUGUGACCCUCAGGUCCUGCAAAUGUUAAAAGAGGAACACCAGAUAAUUUUAGAAAAUCAAAAGAAUUUUGGAUUGUAUGUUCAGGAGAAGAGGGACGGAUUGAAAAGAAGGCAGCGGCUAGAGGAGGAGCUGCUAAGAGCAAAGAUUGAAGUAGAGCAGCUGAAAGCGACUCGCUUACGGCAUGAUCUGCCUGAGUAUAGCAGUAUCUAAGACGUUUUUCAGUCUUGCAAUUUGAUAAUUUUAAUUUUGGAGUAUCACGAAGCUCAGCACAUGUUCUAUAAAAAUGUUGUUAAUCUCUCUCUUAUAAAAAAGAUUUUGACAUGAUUUUCUUUUUCUUUCUGACCCCUUUUUCCUUUUUCUUCUCUCUCUCUCUCUCUCUGGGUUUUUGAGGCAGAAUUUCUUUGUGUAACCCUGUCUGUCUUGGAAAGGAACUAGCUCUGUAGACCAGGCUGGCCUUGAACCUAUUUUUUUUUCACACAAUUUUCUAAGUAUUUAAUUUUUAGAUACUAACAUUUACUGAUUGGUUGGCAUGGUAAUCCAGUUUAUUUCCUCUCCCCAGUUUUUCCUAAGAUAUUUAACUAUUGGCCUUAUGUAAGAUCUUUUAUUUUUAUUAUAAAAAUAGUACAAAUAGAAUUACAUAUGGUGUGUAAGCCUAUAAUUACAGCCCUUGAGAGGCAGAGGCAGAUCAGAUGUAGCCAUUCUUGGCUACAUACCAGCUUCAAGGUCAGCCUGUGCUAUGUGAAAUACUGUGUCAAAACAAAAUUUACCAGUUGUUUAAAUGCAUUCAUAUUUCAAAGUCCUGAAUCUUCAACGGCGUUAGUUACAACUUUGAGAGUUAGUGUUAAGAGUGUGCGUGCUGCGUGUUGAAAGUUACCUAAUGAAUGGUAAACACAUACCUUUAAUGCUGAGCUACAUCCUAGUCCUAUUUCUUCUUUUUUGGAAACAAUAUCUCACCGUGUAGCCCAGGCUAGCCUGUAUGUAAUCCAAGCUUCUCCUACCCCAGCCUUCUCAAUACUGGGAUUGUAGGUAUCUGCUAAAUUAGCAGUAACAAAAAACUUGUAUGCAUUACAGUGCCGCUGUCUUUAUCUCUUGAAAGAGUGGUGUUAGACCUUAGGGUUUGAAGAUAUUUGGAAAACACUUCAGUUUUCCAAAUGAAAAUGAAACCAAGGUCCAGGGUGCCAUCAUUUAUUUCAGUUAUCACAGCUUUUUAUGUCAGAGGACGCAUUGGCACUUAGUUUUAAUGGGUUGGGGUGGGGCCGGGCAGGGGAGGUAAUGAUAGUGGUCAUUUUUAUUCCUUAUUUAGUCUAUAGAAAUGAAAAUCUAGGAGAUUUACAUCUCUACACACAGCUGGGUUAUGAAGUCUAGGGAAUUGUCUCUACCCUGCCCUCCUUCCUUUCUUUUCUGCUGUCUGAUCAGGGAUUUUUAUUGACGCUAUUACGUGUUUUGACCAUGUGAUUAAAAUUAUCUUAAUUUAUUUUAAAUGUUUUCCUGGAAAAUGUUUUCUUCACAGAAAACUUAGAAUAAAAUGAAAUAAAAAUUAUUUAGAAUGAAAAUAACAAAAAUCAUGUUUACAUUUAAUAUAACUUAAUAGAUUUUUAUAAAUAUGAUUUUUGUAAAUAUUGUAUUAUUCCAUGAAAAUAAAAUUUUAAUUUUUAUGAUAAAUAUUAAAUUUAUGUUAAGUAUUUAAUGUGUGUCUUACGUAUUUGAUUUCUAGUUUUGCUGGGAUUUUGAUGAGUGAAGACCUUGAAAAGUCAGGCUUUCGAAUGGGGCAGGUAGAGUUUCAGAAAUCCUAGGGAUAAAAGGAACCUGGAGUGAGCUUGAGCUUUUUAACAGCACGUAGAAAAUGGGAUGAAGUGGAUCAAGGUAUCCACGCACAGACGCACUCUAAGCAAGGCAGUUUUUAAGUGCGGAUAGGUAGAAAGCUUUUGGUAACUUGAACUAGGGACUUUUUUUUUUUUUUUGGUCUUACAAUGACCUGGAAUACACUAUGUAGAUCAGAUUUGGCUCAGUGUCACAGAGAUCAUUCACCUCCGGAGUGCUGGGAUUAAGGGCUUGUCUGGUGGACAAGGCUUGACUACAUUAGUUCAAGUUGAAACUUUACAUGCAGAAAUAUGUCAGAAAUCUGUAUUCUGUGUGAACAAUCUCAGCUUUUAAAUGUCUGGAAGUCAUCCAGAAUGCUUUUCAGUCACAGUUUAGGCAUGCCAGUGGGCCUGCCCCUUAGCGCCUGGGUGCCAGGCUUCCAGUGGGGAAAAAGCCCAAGAAGACCUGUGGCUGGGAUCCUGGGCUUUCCUGGUAUAACUGAGGCCUGAGAUCCCUUCCGUCCACGGCACCACACACACACAGAGUUCAGACAAUAGUGUUAGUCCUGAACUGGAGUGUCAGCGGCGUGUUGGCUCCUUAGAAGUGUAAACCCCUCCAGUGUGUCUGAAACUAGGGCUGGGGUUCCGCAGUCUGUCAAGGGAGUCCCCUGGGGAUUCUGAUGCUAGCUAAAGGGUAAGACUUGAACUAGGUGCUUAAAUCAGCCAGCUUCUCAGCCGUUCUUACUGAAGAGAAAUGUGGGUGAAGUGGAAUUGAGAGGAUGUCAGCUGUUACCAAGUUAUGGAUUACAUUAAAUGCUAUUUUUAAGGAGUCAGAUUUAACUGAAUAUAAAGUGAGAAGCUGUGGAGGCUUUUUGAUUAUAGAGACGACAUGAUUAAAGAUGUGUUUUGGGGAGAAUGCUAUCAUAUUUAGUGAUGCAAGUUAUGGUUUAAUAAAGUGAACUCUUAGGGUAUUGGGUUAGCUCGUUUAUUGAAUUUUGUUGGUUGAAUCACAAAAGCAUUGUAUGCUUUAUACUUGCAUUAAGCAAAACUUUGUAUUGUGCAAUGUCCUGAGGGCUGAGGAUGUAGCUCAGGAGGCAGGAUGCUUGCCUAGCGCCCAGGAGGUUCUGGGGCGGGUUCUUAACGCUGCAUGAGCCCUGUGUGGGUGGUACUGCAUCCCCGUAAUCCUAGCAUUUGGCACUGGAGGAUCAGGACCUGAAGGUCAAGGUCAUGAUGAAUUCUUUCUACUCCCCCCCCCCCCCCAGACAGGGUUUCUCUGGGUAGCUUUAGCUGGCCUAGAACUCAGAGAUCUACCUGCCUCUGCCUCCCGAGUGCUGGGAUUACAGGGGUGAGCCCCCGCCCAGCCUUUAUGGCAGUUUGUCUUCGUAAUCUGUGCUAUGACUUUCAUUUAAAAUGUAACGAAUCUUUUACUUUUAGGUAACAUAUUUUAUAAUAAAAUUUUAAUAACUGUGUCAUUAGUAGAAACCUUUUUAAAGUUAUUAAAAGUAAGCUAUGCUAUGAAGUAUAAUUCAUUUUAUAAUUUCAGCAUGCUGCCACUCAUACUUGAUAGUAAACAUUCAGUCUCAGUAUUGACUUUGUAUAGCAAAACCCAUUUUAGAAGUGUUUCUGUGGAAGAUUAAUUCUGUGAAAUGUUUCUAGAAAAUAAUUCUGUGUUUAAAGAAAGUACAUCUGUUUUGGUGGUUUGGUUCUAUAAUCAGUGUGGAAAUUAAAAAUAUAUAGAUGCAAAAUUGCCUUUGAAAAUUUCUUUUGCUGUACAUAAAUUGGUAUUAUAAUUACAUUUUUAUCUAGCAUUGUUCAAAUUUGCUGUUUCCAUAUGUCA